AUGAGUCUGUACUGCAGACCCCUUCUCCGCAUCCUCGUUCACCCAACUGGGCUUCCCAGCCCCCCAAGCAAGGCAACCAUGCCGAGGCUCCGCUCCGACGACCCCGUCAGCCAGGCAAUCGCCUCCAGCUUUCUCGACUUCCUCCAGCACAACCUGCAGCUCGCAACCGACGCAGACGCUGAGUCCCUCGCCGUGGCCACCGAAUGUUUAGCGGCUAUCUUCCGCCUCGACCCUGCCGCUUUCGGAACUCCCCGGCAACCAGAACUUUUGCCACACAUCUUUAGGCUGCUGCUGAGCCAGGGGCCUGGGAGUUUUGGACAAAGCACUCAGCAGCGUCCGGAAAGUGGACAGCGUCAUUUGGACGGCGGUCAAUCUGAACCCAAUACUGCCAGCGCCCCAGGCAUUGACCAGCAACCAGGGAAUGCUGCGAGUGGAGGUCAGCGCUCCGGAGAACAGCGGGGCUUGGAAGGAGAAGUGCAUGGGGCAAACGCGGCUAGGGAGGCCUUAUUGGGCGACAAUCGGACAGCAAAUGAGUCACCAAGUGCACCUGAGAGUUCGGUGCUUCCAACAACACCCACCAAGGUGAGCCCCCAGGAGGGAGAAGGGCCGUCCACGCCGCAGCAACUAGAGCGGGGCUCGAAAGGAACGGGAGCGUCGGUGCAAGCGGAGGGGCUUGCAGAUGAGGCUCCAAGGGGGGGCGCUGCAACGAGUGGGAAGGAGCAGGGGGGCGAAGAUGCGGUUAUGGCAGAGGCAGAAGGGGGUGACGAUGCUGUGGGCACAGGGAGGAGAAGAGAGGCUAAGAAAGAGAAGGAGGACACAUCAGGUUCCUCGCCGGCUGGUGCGAGCUGGGACAGGGCUCGCGAGGACUUGAAGAAGGAGGCGGAACAACUCAAGAAGCAGGGCAACGAAGCAAUGUCGUCCGAGCACUUCUACGAGGCGAUCGAGCUGUACACGCAGGCAAUCUCGCUCGUGGACACAGACGCUAUCUACUAUUCUAACAGGGCCGCUGCACACACGCAGCUGCGACAGUUCGACCUGGCCAUCAAGGACUGUGAGCAGAGCAUCAAGCUUGACCCGCGGUAUGCGCGCGCAUACAGCCGCCUGGGGCUGGCCUAUUUCGAGAAGGGAGACUACCAGACGGCCAUAGACCGGGGCUUCCUAAAAGCCCUCGAGAUCGACCCGGAGAACGCAAUAGUUAAGCAGAACCUCAAGGCUGCACAGGAGAAGCUCGCGCGCCAGUCGCAACGUCAGCAGCCCGAGCGGCCGCCACCGGCGCCCUCCGCCUCGUCAGGGCCCCCUCCAACCGGCGCUCCCCAUCCUCCGCCCCAGUUCCCCCCGAACGUACAGGGCCUCGCAAACAUGGCGGCCAACCUCUUCACCCCCCUCGCAUCCAUGGCAAACGGCGCCGCGGGCUCGGGGGAUCCCCCUGGGGUUCCCGGGUUUCCAGGUUUCGGAGCAAACCAGGGUCAACCUUCGGGUUGGUUUGGAGCAACCCAGGGUCAAGCUUCGGGUUCCGGCCAAGCGCCAGCUAGUCAGGGGGGUGGGAACGCCGCGGGGCCGAGUCAAGGCCAAAAUCAGCAGGAGUCUGGGGCGGGUUCAGCGCCCGGGGCAGGUCAACCGGGCGGUCAGCCGGUCUUCACGGUGAAUGUAGGGGGCGACCAGGUGCAACAGCUGCUGACACAGAUGUUUCAGGUCUUUGGCGCGGCGGCGCAGCGGAACGGGCAAGGGGGGACAGGGACAGGCACUGGGGCUCCACAAAAUCCGUCCUGACACGUCCCACAGCAUGCGAAUCGCUUAGGGAAUUGCAUAGAAAACAACUCUUAAGAAAAUGUGGUGGUGCAGCCAGCAGGAAGGUUCAAACAGCUUGUGAUAAUGAUUUGGCCGGUUCGGAUAGUCACUUGAGCCUAAUCAACUUCGAUCAUGCAUUGAGGAGCCUGUUUGGAGACAUCCGAUCUUAGUCGGAUCACCUUCACGAGAACUAGGUUGCUUCAAGGCAUGAGCAUCACAAGUUGAGAAAAGAUAGAGAAAGGAUGA